GGUCGGCAGUAAGUCUCGGGGCAGUUUGAACAGGAAGGCGGACAUGUUGCUCGGUCUCUGAGGAGAGUUUAUUAUUUUCGACCAAAGUCUGAUUUCUCGACGUUACCGGAUUAACUGCACGCCUCGGUCACAUCCCGGACUGAAUCUCAUCACCAACUGACGCUUUUUAUCAAAAGAAAUUCGGAUUAUUAUCGUUUUUUAUUCAAGUGGUUUGAAGGCGAAGUUUUUUUCCGCCGCUUUUUUUCUGCAGCUGUCAGUGAAUAUGGAUCCAGGCCUGGGAUCAGCAGAACUUUCUAUCUUCAUAUCUUCUGUUUUCUUCCCUCCUCACUCCUCCAUCUGAGCAUCUACACAGCGCUAUAAACACACAUCCACCGUGUCAGUGUGCGGAUUCGGGCUGUGAUUGCAGUCAGGGCGAAAACUUUUUCUUUUCUCUCUAAACUCGUCACUGACUCAUCAGAACCGCUCAACUUUCAGCUGUUUCUGGAGUAAACAUGCGGAUAUUGGGCUCGUUUCUGCGCAGGGACGAGACCGAGAAGCUGAAGAGACAGAAGAACCCGCUCCUCUGAUCAGACUCGGGCUCAGGAGGAAGUGAGCUAGCGGAGGAGCUGCUAGCAGGGAGGGAGCUCGGCUCAGUGUCCAGCUCCGGAUCAUCGUUUCGAUUUAAUCCUGGGAUUGAACUGAAAGAAAAGGGAGAAAAAACACAGGAACAAUGUCUGCAGGAGAGAAUUUAUCCGCUCGCUUCGACAAAAUCGAUGCCAUGCUGAAGGAUCCCAAGUCAGAGAUCAACACCGACUGCCUGCUGGACGGUUUGGAUGCUCUGGUCUAUGACCUUGAUUUUCCUGCCCUGAGGAAGAACAAGAGCAUUGACAACUUCUUAAACAGAUACAAGGACACGAUCAGUAAGAUCCGGGAUCUGCGGAUGAAGGCUGAUGACUAUGAGGUGGUGAAGGUGAUUGGGAGAGGAGCGUUCGGAGAAGUGCAGCUCGUGAGACACAAGGCCAGCAGUAAAGUGUAUGCUAUGAAGCUUCUCAGUAAGUUUGAGAUGAUAAAGCGCUCCGACUCUGCCUUUUUCUGGGAGGAGAGAGACAUCAUGGCCUUCGCUAACAGCAACUGGGUUGUACAGCUGUUCUACGCCUUCCAGGACGGCCGUUAUCUCUACAUGGUGAUGGAGUACAUGCCUGGAGGAGACCUGGUCAACCUGAUGAGCAAUUACGACGUGCCCGAGAAGUGGGCUCGCUUCUACACCGCCGAGGUGGUGCUGGCGCUGGACGGCAUCCACUCUAUGGGCUUCAUCCACAGGGAUGUAAAACCCGACAACAUGUUGCUGGAUAAAACGGGCCACUUGAAGCUGGCAGAUUUCGGCACUUGCAUGAAAAUGAACAAGGAUGGUAUGGUACGAUGUGACACAGCAGUAGGAACUCCAGACUACAUUUCUCCAGAGGUACUGAAGUCUCAGGGUGGAGACGGCUACUACGGUCGGGAGUGUGACUGGUGGUCUGUGGGAGUUUUCCUCUACGAGAUGCUUGUCGGCGACACGCCGUUCUACGCCGACUCGCUGGUGGGAACCUACAGCAAGAUCAUGAACCAUAAAAAUGCUCUGACGUUCCAAGACAGCGACAUCUCCAAAGACGCCAAGAGCCUCAUCUGCGCCUUCCUCACCGACAGGGAAGUACGUUUAGGACGUAACGGAGUGGACGAGAUCAAGCGCCAUUCUUUCUUCAAGAACGACCAGUGGACCUGGGAGAACAUCCGCGAGACGGCCGCCCCUGUGGUGCCAGAAUUGAGUAGCGACAUUGAUACAAGCAAUUUUGACGAUAUUGAGGAGGACCGAGGAGAGGAGGAAACCUUCCCCAUACCUAAAGCCUUUGUGGGAAACCAGCUCCCGUUUGUGGGCUUCACCUACUACAGUGGUCACCAGUUUUCACGGGGUUCGAGCACGAAAACCAGCAACAAGCAUGCCAGCGCUAUUAAAGAGGACAAAAGCCAGUUGGAGAAUCUGCUGAAGAAAAUCCACCAGUUGGAGGAGCAGCUUCAUGGAGAGAUGCAGCUCAAGGACGAGAUCGAGCAGAAGUGCAGGUCCUCCAGCAUCAAACUAGAGCGGAUUAUGAAAGAGCUGGAUGAAGAGUGUAACACGAGGAAAAGUGCAGAAGCCAGCGUGUCCCAGCUGGAGAAGGACAAGAUGAUGCUGCAGCACCGAGCCACUGAGUACCAGAGAAAAGCAGAUCAGGAGGGAGAGAAGAGACGCAACCUGGAGAGCGAGGUUUCCACUCUAAAAGAGCAGCUGGAGAACAUGAGGAAGCUCAGCCAGAACACCCAGGCUUCCAGUGAGAAGAUCACCCAGCUGCAGCACCAGCUUCAGGAGGCCAACGACCUGCUGCGAGCUGAGUCUGAUACGGCAGCACGCCUGAGGAAGAGUCAGACCGAGAUGGCAAAGUCUAUGAGUCAGCUGGAGUCGCAGAACGGAGAGCUUCAGGAGAAUCGAGCAUCUGACGACGCCAGGAGACAACUAGAACGAGAAUUGCUGCAGUUGCAGAACAUGCUGGAUACUGAGAGACGGACCUACAGCCAGGGAUCUGAGGAGAUCCGUCAACUGGAGGCUCGCAUUACGGGGCUUCAGGAGGACAACAAGAACCUGAAGCUAAGCAUGUCGAAGGUGGAGAUGGAAAGAAAGCAGGCACAGGAGAGGAACAACAUUUUGGAGAAGGAGAAGAACAGUAUGGAAAUCGAUCUCAACUAUAGGCUGAAGAUCCUGCAGCAGCGUUUGGAUCAGGAGUUAAUGGAACACAAAAUGACGCGAGCUCAGCUAACGGAUAAAUACGAGUCCAUCGAGGAGGCCAAGUCUGCUGCCAUGCACGCGGUGGAGCAGAAGGUAUCGGAGGAGAGCGUACUGCGACUGAGGGCCGAGAGUCGGGUGGUGGAGGUGGAGAAGCAGUGCUCCAUGCUGGAGUUCGACCUCAAACAGUCCAUCCAGAAGAUGGAGCAACUGAUGAAGCAGAAGGACCGGCUGGAGGACGAGGUGAAGUCUCUGCGUGUCCAGCUGGAGCAGGAGUGUGGGAAACGGGCCAUGGCUCAGAGCGAGCUGAAGAACUGGAGCGGUGAAGCUGAAAGGUUAAGAGGAACAGAGAAGCAGCUGAAGCAGGAGAUCAACGCUGCGCUGGAGACCAAGAGAUCGAUCGAGUUUCAGCUCGCGCAGCUCAGCAAGCAGUACAGAGGGAACGAAGGUCAGAUGAGGGAGCUGCAGGACCAGCUGGAGGCUGAGCAGUACUUCUCUACGCUGUAUAAGACUCAGGUGAGGGAGCUGAAGGAGGAGCUGGAGGAGAAGAACCGACAGGUGCAGGAGGUUCAGAGGAAGGCCCAGGAGAUGCACUUGGAAAGGGAAUCUCUGAUGGCUCAGUUGGACCUGACAGUGACGAAGGCCGAGUCGGAGCAGCUGGCCAGAGCGUUACAGGAGGAGCAGUACUUCGAGCUGAACCAGGAGAACAAGAAGAGUUUAUCACGACACAAACAGGAGCUGGUGGAGAGGGACUCCACUAUAGCACGGCUUGAGGAAUCCAACAAAACUCUGACCAAAGACGUGGAAAACCUCAGCAGGGAAAAAGCCGAGCUAGAUGAGAAGAUCCAAUCUCAGGAGAACGUGUUUGAAGCCCAGAGAGAAGAAAUUUCGAAUGCCAUCAAGGCCAAUUAUGAGAAGAUCCUCAAUCAGGAACGCACCCUGAAGACGCAGGCGGUCAACAAACUGGCCGAGAUCAUGAACCGCAAGGACAUGAAGCUGGACCAGAAGAAGCGCGGCAGCACCACAGACCUGCGCAAAAAGGAAAAGGAGAACCGCAAGCUGCAACUGGAGCUCAACCAGGAGAAGGAGAAGUUCAACCACAUGGCCAUCAAAUACCAGAAGGAGCUCAGCGAGAUGCAGGCGCAACUGGUGGAAGAGAGCACGUAUCGUAACGAGCUGCAGAUGCAGCUGGACAGUAAGGAAAGCGACAUCGAGCAGCUCCGCGAGAAACUAAACGACCUGCAGCUGCGCAUGGAGAACGCCAGUGUGACAAGUCUGCAGACAGACGAGGUUGACAGCAACGCUGCAGAGUCGAGAUUGGAAGGUUGGCUAGCCAUCCCAAACAGAGCCAAUAUCAAGCGAUAUGGCUGGAAGAAGCAGUAUGUUGUGGUGAGCAGUAAGAAGAUCCUGUUCUAUAACGAUGAGCAGGAUAAAGAGCAGUCCAACCCCUCUAUGGUGCUCGACAUUGACAAACUCUUCCACGUGCGUCCCGUAACCCAGGGAGACGUUUACCGUGCCGAGUCUGAUGAAAUUCCCAGAAUAUUUCAGAUUCUGUACGCGAAUGAGGGCGAAUGCCGGAAGGACGUGGACAUGGAGGCGAUUCCUCAAGGCGAGAAAGCGAACUGCCUGGCUCACAAAGGGCACGAGUUUAUCCCUACACUCUACCACUUCCCCACCAACUGUGAGGCCUGUGCCAAGCCGCUGUGGAACGUCUUUAAACCGCCUCCUGCCCUCGAAUGCCGCAGAUGCCACGUCAAAUGCCACAAAGACCACCUGGACAGGAAGGAGGACGUCAUCGCGCCAUGCAAAGUGAACUAUGACGUGACGUCAGCACGCGACAUGCUCCUGCUAGCUCUCAGCCAGGAAGAACAGAAAAAAUGGAUUGGCCAUCUUGGCAAGAAGAUCCCCAAAACACCGCCGGCUACUUUCUCUCGAGCGUCACCUCGCACCAUGAGCACUCGCUCGGUAGCUAAUCAGUCAUUCCGCAGAAACCCUAGAAACACCUCCGGAAAGUCCAGCAGGGCUCAAUCCAACCUCCACGCUGCAGACACGUCAUCCAGUUCCUGCUGACAUCAACACCGCAAGGAGAGUUCAGCGUAGUCUAUCUUUCGUCAGUCACCCUCCAUAUACCACUCCUUACUGCCCCCCCACCCCCUGACUUUUUUCUGGGUCCAAAAGCUAAAGUUUUUUAAGGCUGCGAAACAUCUGUCUAUUUCUCUCUAUUUCACCUAGUGGUGACACAAGUGCAUUGCACAAUCAAAUUGAUGCUUGAGCAACUUUUGAAAUGAAUUCAGCUGCCUUAAAAAGCUUUGACGGAAGUGUUGAGGAAAGGGCUUUAAGUGCUUAACGUCUUUAAGGGUGUUGUGAAGUUACGCAAGUGUGUCAAGUCUGUCCGUGUAUCAGAACAAACAGCGAUCGGGUGUGGGGUGUGUUGUCUUCUGAAGUGUUAACCAAGGUUGAAGGCAUAUUCUGACACCACGUGCGCUGACGUGAAAAAGGUCAAAUGGAGUUCGGAAUUUGCGAAAUACUGUAAAGUGAAGAGUAACAUAGGCUAGUUUUACGGCUAGUCACGAUACGAUUAGACCUCUUGUUCCCACACUGAGAGAUGGUGAGACGGUGCUGUCGACAAAAUUUGCUCAAAGACCCUGGCCUCAUGUUCACACUAGGACAAAGCAUUGAGAUGUUCUUUGUUUUCUCAGACCAAUCAUACGGUCUUUAGUUCCCCCACUCAAGUCUUUAAUUCCUACCUGGUACCAGGUCUCUUCCAGUCAUAUGUAAUUUAACUCUAAAGGAAGUAGGAGAUACCUGCAGUAAACACCUACAGAGUGCAGCUUCUCACCUGCUAGUGUGACCACAUGGUCAGGUGUCUUCAGGAAUCCUAAAAAAAAUUCGACUUUAACCAUCAGAAAACGAUCGUAAUGUGCAUCGCCAUUGGUGAGAAUAUCAUUGCCUUCUUCCAAUAACCAAACCCUCUGCAAAUUCUUCUUCUCUGCUCUCUUUUUUUUCCUCCAGCUAACCACCUGAACCUUCUCUGUGAAACAUUUGGACUCGUCAAUUGGGACUUGAAUUAUACAUCGCCAUCAUUAUUUUUAUAAAUAAAUAAAUCAAUCUUAAAUGAAAACAUUUAAAGAUGAAAAAAUCCAAUAAAAGGAAUAAACCCUAAAUCACUCGAGGAGAAGCUGUUGGGAAAAGGCUCCUCCUGUCCUCCUAGGCUUUCACACAGCUCGUGAGGGGACCACGCCUGGCUCUGAAGGGAACUUUACAAAAAGGUUCUUCACUCUUUGUGGGGGGGGGGGUGGGGGUGGGGAAGUCGACUCAAACAAUCUUCCAAACCUCGGCCUGAUGGACUCUCAGCCUUACUGUUCCUGUGGGGCAAUAAAUUAACCUGGGGCAAUAAUCAAGACGGAGUACUGGGUACUGAGUAUUAGUCUUUUUCUUCCUUUGUUUUUGUUUUGUUUUCGAGGAGAAUGCAAGAUCAUUACAAUCUAUGCAUAAUGUUAUUAUAGUAAUUAUCCUUAUUGUUGCUGUUCCUGAAUCCUCCAAGCUGCAGGAAUUCCACCAGACAAAGGCUGAAGGAACACCAUUCAAUUUCAUUGACUUUUUGUUUUGUUUGUUUAUUUUGGGUACAUUAUUACUGAAAUGCUUUCACUGUAAUGUUUUGUGUUUUGUUUUGUCUUUUUUUUUGGUAAUGUAUUGCCUUACUUUUGAUUCCUAGAUGAAAUGAAAGGUUGAAAAAUGAAAAAAAAAGAGGGGUAAAAAAAAAGUGAAACAUUAAGUUAACAAAUGUAAAACUGCACUGUUUGAAUUGUAAGUUAUUUGUAGAAGACUAAAACAGGUGUAGCAUUCAGCCCACCUAGUGCCUUACCUUACACACUCUCUCUCUCUCUCUCUCUCUCUCUCUCUCGAUUUUUACUGCCAUAUCUGUUUUGUGUUCCUCUUCAAAAUGAUCAAUCCUAACUAUUGUUCUUUUUAUGAAAAAAAUCUGUAUAUCACCCAGCGUAUGGUUUUAUCAGGGCGCUCUGUCACAUAUUGAACACGUAGUUCGCUUGAA